UAAGUUCGCUCCUCACAAUUAUUUUCAUUUCCUAGGGAAAAAACAUAAGAACAACGUAAAAUGAUUCAAUAUAUUUUGAAAAAGUUAGAAAAUCCAGAACGACCCUUGCUUGGUCCCAAUGUUAAAGCCUUACAAUUUUGGGGACUUCUACUCCCAGAAAACGUAACUAUGAAAUAUGUUUACAUAUGUCUACAUAUAUCUAUCAUUUACUUUACGGCUACAGAAUACGUGGAUAUAUGGUUUAUCAAAUCGGACAUGAAUAUGCUUUUGGAAAAUCUUAAAAUAACUAUGUUGGCUAGUGUGAGUGUAAUAAAAGUAUCGACCUUUUUGAUUUGGCAAACUUCUUGGCGAGACAUAAUUGAUUAUGUGACAGAAGCGGAUUUAAACCAGCGAAAAACUACAGACGAAACUAAUCUAACCAUUAUUAGACAAAAUACAAAGUAUUCGCGUAAAAUUACAUACCUUUACUGGUCGCUCAUGUACACUACGGUUGUAAUCGUUAUGGUACAGCCGAUUAUCAAAUACGUCUUUUCACAAACAUAUAGAGAUAAUGUCAAGAGUGGAGAAGAAUCAUAUAUCCAAGUCGUGAGCUCUUGGGUUCCAUUCGACAAAAGUCAGAUUAUUGGAUAUCUGGGUGCCUGCGCUUUCCAAAGCUACGCGGCUAUAUACGGCGGAGGUUGGAUCACUUCAUUUGACACAAACGCAAUAGUGACUAUGGUAUUUUUUAAAGGAGAAUUGCAGCUGCUAAGAAGAGACUCUGCUGAGAUUUUUGGUACUGGUAAUAAUCCUGUAUCGCGUGAGGAAGCAGAGAAGAGACUCAAGGAAUGUCAUAGUAGACAUGUUAACUUGAUCAAAUAUUCAAGGCUCUUUGACUCCUGCUUGUCACCGAUCAUGCUUUUCUACAUGUUCGUAUGCUCCGUGAUGCUCUGCGUAACUGCGUAUCAGAUAAGGUUUGGAACUAGUCUGAUGCAAACGAUAUUACAAGUUGAAUAUCUUGUGUUCGGCGUGUCUCAACUCUUUAUGUAUUGCUGGCACAGCAACGAUGUCAUGUACACUAGUCAGGAAGUAAUCCAUGGCCCGUACGAAAGCAGAUGGUGGUAUCAAAAUGCUCUCCGCAAGGACCUCGUCAUAUUACUGGGGCAGUACCGCAAAGAGAUUGUAUUUUCUGCAGGGCCUUUCACCAAUCUUACUCUACCCACUUUUAUAAGUAUUUUGAAAGGUGCCUACAGCUACUACACAUUGUUGACCAAUUCACAAAAGUAG